AUGGAAAGCUGUUAUAAGUUAUACACAUGGAUUAACCACACGUUGCUAAUGCUAUUGGUGCAAAUGUUCUGGAAAAUCAGCCAAAUAUCGGAUUAUUUUAAACAGAAGUCCGUUGAAGACUACAAUUCACAAGGGACGUUCAUGUUUAAGCUAACAAAGGAAUCGAAAUUACGGAGACAUAUCAGAUCUAUGUCUGAUGUACAAAGCAGUACGCCUUACAGGAUACCGUUCAGAUCAAGAAAAGGACUCACACACACACUCACGUACGAUUCCGAUACACACACAAAGAUGAACUCCCGAAGAUAUCAAGAAUCAUCAGAUUCCAGCGACGGCUGUGAUUCAAAAACUUACAUACAAAGAAACAUUCUCAAACACACUGAAAGAAUACUAUAA